AUGGAGCUAAGGAAAAAGAACGCCGAAUGUGAAGCUAUGUCUGCUGAGGUAAUGACUAGUCGAUCUAAAUGUCAAGAGCUAAAAGAAAGGAUACGAUAUUUAGAAGGUAUGCUGCAAGAUCGUCAACAGCAACUAGAUACUCUAUUAAAAGAUUUGGAAGAAAAGAGUAAUCAAUAUGAUAGAGACGUUCAUGCUUACGAAGAGGGUCUCCAAGAAAAAGAAAUGCAACUUAACUAUUUGAUCAAUGAGAUUCGUAGAGUAGCCAUGCACGUGUUACAAUUAUCAGAUGAAGCGGAGGAUCUCAGUUGCCAAUUCCCGCUAAGCCAACGAUCGAGCAUAUCGGAAUUCUUAGAGCGAGUAAAGAAAUAUGGCAAUAUAGCUAGGAAUUUGGUACCUGAUCUAAUUUUGCCUCCGAAAUUCAAGGUGCCGAAUUUUGAGAAGUAUGAUGGGACAAGGUGCCCAAAAGCACAUCUCAUCAUGUUCUGUAAAAAAAUGACCGGUUAUGUGAACGAGGAUAAAUUACUCAUACAUUAUUUUCAAGAUAGUCUAACAAGGUCAGCUCUUCGGUGGUACAACCAACUUAGUAGAGAGAAGAUUCGAUCCUGGAAGGACUUGGCGUCAGCAUUCUGUGAGCAGUACAAGCAUGUGUCAGAUAUGGUGCCAGACCGGAUGACCUUGCAAAUGAUGGAGAAAAAGUCGUCAGAGACCUUUAGACAGUAUGCGCAGAGAUAGAGGGACGUCUCAGCCCAAGUGGAACCCCCGCUAACAAAAACGGAGAUAAUCGUUCUCUUUAUCAAUACUUUAAAGGCGCCGUUUUAUGACAAACUAGUGGGAAGUGCCACGAAAGAGUUUGCGGAUAUUGUAAUAUCUGGUGAGCUUAUAGAGAAUGUCGUCAAGAGCGGUAGAAUGGAAGGUUCAGAAGGUUCGAAAAGGGCAGCGCCUAUGAAGAAGAAAGAACCAGAAACCUACAUGGUGGGAAUAGAAAGCCCUAACAACAUAUCCGUUGAGAAGCUUGAUAGGUGGGUAAACAAUCUGAAUGCGGACAAUUUCAUCUCUUUUAGUGAUGAUGAGAUACCGCCAAAUGGUAGAGGGUCGGUGAAAGCGCUGCAUGUCACGACUCGCUACAAGGGCUACAUAAUACCAAGCGUGCUCAUCGAUAACGGGUCAGCGUUAAAUGUUAUGCCAUUGGCCACGCUUUCCAGAAUUCCAAUGGAUUUGUCCUAUUUAAGGCCCUGUCAUUCCACAGUAAGGGCAUUCGACGGGACAAGGCGUGAAGUCAUGGGAAAAAUUUCAAUCCUUUUGAAAGUGGGCCCUUACAUUUAUGAGGUCGAAUUCCAAGUCAUGGACAUUACACCCUCGUAUAACUGCCUUUUGGGAAGACCCUGGAUUCAUUCUACUGGAGCAGUCCCAUCAUCCCUCCAUCAAAAGGUGAAAUUUAUCAUGGACGGUUGUUUGGUCACUGUCGAGGGAGAAGAAGACUUAAGAAUGGUGGAACAAGAGGAUAAACAGAUUUUGCCUCAUGAAGAAUCUGUGGAAACAAUAAAUUUGGACACUGAAUAAAGGAAACAAGAAGUGAAGAUUGGGACUUCUAUUUCGGAGAGCACCAGGCAUAAUUUGAUUGCUUUACUCCGUGAGUACAAAGAUGUUUUCACAUGGUCAUACCAGGAUAUGCCAGGGCUAGAUGAAGAUUUAGUGGUCCAUAAGCUCCCAUUAAAGCCAGAAUGCAAACCCAUCCAGCAAAAGUUAAGACGGAUGAGACCCGAAAUGCUGUUGAAAAUAAAAGAGGAGGUCAAAAAGCAAUUUGAUGUUGGCUUCCUACAGGCCUCCAAAUAUCCAGAAUGGGUGGCUAACAUAGUCCCGGUACCAAAAAAAGAUGGCAAAGUACGAAUGUGCAUGGAUUACCGUGACCUGAAUCGAGCAAGCCCAAAAGAUAAUUUUCCCUUACCACAUAUUGAUACGUUGGUGGACAACACAGCAAAACAUUCAUUGUUUUCUUUCAUGGAUAGAUUCUCGGGGUAUAAUCAGAUCAAGAUGGCCCCUGAGGAUAUGGAGAAAACUACCUUCAUAACAAUGUGGGGAAUGUUCUGCUACAAGGUGAUGCCAUUCGGGUUAAAGAAUACUGGGGCAACAUAUCAGAGGGCUAUGGUGACGUUAUUCCAUGACAUGAUGCAUAAAGAAAUAGAGGUCUACGUCGAUGAUAUGAUUGCUAAAUCCCAAGGGGAAGAAGAGCAUGUAGUGAACUUGAAGAAGUUGUUCGACAAGCUGAGAAAGUUCCAGUUAAAGCUCAAUCCGGCCAAGUGUACGUUUGGGGCUACCUCAGGGAAGUUGCUAGGCUUUAUUAUCAGUGAAAAAGGUAUCGAGGUUGAUCCAGAUAAAAUAAAGGCCAUUCAAGAGUUACCACUCCCACGUACGCAAAAGGAAGUUAGAGGAUUUUUAGGGAGAUUAAACUACAUCGCCCGAUUCAUCGCUCAGCUUACCAACCAAUGCGACCCAAUCUUUCGGCUUCUUCGAAAACAUAAUCUGGGAGAAUGGAAUGAGGAAUGCCAGGUGGCCUUUGAUAAGAUAAAACAAUAUUUGUCUAGCCCUCCGGUGCUAGUACCGCCAACUCUGGGAAGACCAUUGAUAUUGUAUUUGACUGUGUUCGAAAACUCAAUGGGUUGCGUACUGGGACAACACGACGAGUCAGGAAAGAAAGAAAAGGCGAUUUACUACCUCAGUAAAAAGUUCACUGAAUAUGAGGCAAAGUAUUCGUCAAUUGAAAAAUUUUGUUGCGCUCUGGUUUGGGUAGCUCGGAGACUUAGACAAUACAUGUUGUACCAUACGACAUGGUUGAUUUCAAAGCUGGACCCGAUAAAAUACAUGAUGGAAUCGCCGGCACUAUCAGGAAGAAUGGCACGAUGGCAGAUCCUCCUUUCGGAAUAUGACAUUGCCUAUGUGAGCCAAAAGUCGAUAAAAGGGAGUGCAAUAGCUGAUUUCCUAGCGACUCGAACGAUAGAGGAAUAUGAACCUUUAAGAUGAUUCCCAGACGAAGACUUAAUGUGCAUCUCAGAAAUAGAAUCCAAGUCAUUAAAAGAGAAGUCAUGGAAGAUGUGCUUCGAUGGUGCGUCGAAUGCUUUAGGGCAUGGAAUCGGAGUAAUCCUGGUAUCACCAGAGGGGAAUCAUUAUCCGUUUACUGCAAGAUUGAACUUCUUCUGUACCAAUAAUAUCGCAGAAUAUGAGGCCUGUAUCAUGGGGCUUCGUGCAGCCAUUGAACGAAACAUCGAAAUCUUAGAGGUAUACGGGGACUCAGCCCUAGUGAUUUACCAAAUCUGUGGAGAGUGGGAAGUGAGGGACCCAAAAUUGAUUAAGUACAGUGAUUUAGUGGCUGAAUUGAUCAAGGAGUUCAAAGAAAUAACUUUUUAUUACUUCCCUCGAGAAGAAAACCAAUUAGCUGAUGCCCUGUCCACUUUGGCUUCAAUGUUCAAAGCAAGUAGAGAAGCAGAAAUAAUGCCCCUCAAAAUGAGCAUAUACGAGGUCCCUGCACACUGUUGUAGCAUUGAGAAAGAGGCAGACGGACUGCCAUGGUUCCAUGACAUCCUAGAAUAUAUCAAGAAUCAAAGCUAUCCCGAACAAGCGAAUGAGAAUGACAAAAGAACAAUCAGGAGAAUGGCAGCGGGAUUUGUUCUUGAUAGGGAUAUCCUGUAUAAAAGAGGAAAGGAUCAGAUGCUUUUGAGAUGUGUGGAUGAUGUUGAAGCCAGAAAAAUACUUGAAGAGGUCCAUGAGGGAAUUUACAGAACACAUGCCAAUGGUUUCAAUAUGGCCAGAAAGAUCAUGAGACUCAGUUACUAUUGGCUGACGAUGGAAAGUGACUGCAUCAAUUUUGCAAGAAAAUGCCACAAAUGUCAAAUCUACGGCGAUAAAAUUCAUGUAGCCCCUUCUCCUCUUCAUGUCAUGACCUCUCCGUGGCCUUUUUCUAUGUGGGGCAUGGAUGUUAUAGGGCCUAUUUUCCCAAAAGCUUCUAAUGGACAUCGAUUCAUUUUUGUGGUUAUUGAUUACUUCACAAAGUGGAUAGAAGCUGCUUCAUUUGCCAACGUGACCAAGACUGCAGUUUGCAGGUUUUUGAAAAAGGAAAUCAUUUGCCGAUAUGGUUUGCCUGAAAGAAUCAUUUCGGAUAACGCCAUGAACCUAAACAACAAGAUGAUGAAGGAGGUGUGUGAGCAAUUCUAAAUAAAGCAUCAUAACUCCUCGCCCUAUCACCCAAAGAUGAACGGAGCUGUUGAAGCAGCCAAUAAAAAUAUUAAGAGGAUCAUUGGGAAAAUGACUGAGACAUAUAAAGAUUGGCACGAGAAGCUACCAUUUGCUUUGUUUGCAUAUUGCACAUCUGUGCGGACAUCUACGGGAGCAACCCCUUUCUCUCUGGUCUAUAGAAUGGAAGUUGUGCUACCUAUCGAAGUUGAGAUCCCUUCUCUACGAGUCUUAAUGGAAUCAAAAUUGAAAGAAGCAGAAUGGGUUCGAGCUCGAUAUGAUCAGUUGAACCUCAUCGAAGAAAAAUGUCUAAGGGCAAUUUGUCACGGGCAGAUGUACCAAAAGAGAAUGAUCGCGGCCCAUAACAAGAAAGUACGGCCAAGAGAAUUCCAUGAAGGAGAACUCGUGAUGAGAAAGAUUCUUCCAAUACAAAAAGACCUGCAAGGAAAAUGGGCACCAAAUUGGGAAGGACCAUACGUUGUAAAAAAGGCAUUCUCAGGUGGAGCUUUGAUCCUUACCGAGAUGGAUGGAAAGGAGUUACCGAAUCCAGUAAACUCAGAUCCUGUGAAGAAAUAUUAUGUUUGA